AUGUAUAUAUUGAAUAAUAUUAUUAAUAAUAAUGAAAAUAAUUUAGAUUAUAUUGAAAAUUUAUUUUUUAAAGUUUUUAGAAAUAAAUAUUUAAGAUAUAAUAUAUCAAGACAAUUAAAAUUAUAUCAAAAGAUUAAUAAAUUCUCAUCGAAUGAGAUUAAUUCUUUCAAUAUUGAUACUUUGAAUAAUUUUCCAUAUAGAGAAUAUUUAUUAGAUUUACAUAUUGGAGUAUUUGGAUUAUCAGUUGAUCCAAUAGAGGGAACGAUCUUAUUAAACAAAUCACAAGCAAGUCAUAAAUGCGAUUAUCCAAUCCCAGAGAAUUGUAUUCCAUCAUCAGUUAUUAGAAUAACAAUUAAUAUUGAUAGAGCAAUUUCAAAGAAUGUAUUACCAUCUAAUAUAGUUUCAUUAAAUUUUGGUUAUUGUUUCAAUCAAAUUAUUGAACCUUUCACUCUACCAAAUACAAUUGAAACCAUUAACUUUGGAUAUAUGUUUAAUCAAGAAAUUAAUAAAGAUUGUCUCCCAAAAAAUUUAAAAACUUUAUACUUGGGUUACUCAUUCGAUAAAACAAUUGGAAAGGCUGUUUUACCAAACUCAUUAACCUCUUUGAAAUUUUCAAAUAAUUUCAAUCAACCCAUUGAAAGUGGUACUCUACCAUUAGGUUUGACUGAACUUAUUUUUGGUAAUAAAUGGAAUCAAAGAUUUAAAAAAAAUUCAAUUAUAAUACCACCAAAUGUAAAAAUUUUAAAACUAGGUUACAAAUUUGAUCAAAUUAUAAAACCAGGUACUAUUCCAGCAUCAGUUACUGAUCUUUGUAUUCAAGGUCAAUUUAAUAAACCAUUUCUAAUUGGUAGUAUUCCAAAUUCAGUAAAGAAAUUAACUAUUGAAGGAAAAUACAACCAAUGUUUAAAAGCUGGAAUCAUUCCAUCAUCAGUUACAAACCUAUGUUUUUCAAAUAGUUUUAAUCAACCACUUUAUCCGGGUUGUAUUCCAAUGGGUAUUACAACACUUUACAUUGGUAAUAGUUUUAAUCAACCAUUACAUAAAAAUAGUAUUCCAGAAUCAGUAACCUCAUUAACAUUAGGUAAUUCUUUCAAUCAACCAAUUAUUGAUGUAAUUCCACAAUCUGUUAAAACUUUAUCAAUAUCUUCACUUUAUAAUAAUCAUAUAAUAUCUGAUACUUCAAAAAUUCCAAAUUCAAUUGAAACUUUAAUUAUAGCUGGUAAAUUUAAUAUCACUUUACCAAAUUUAUUUUCAAAUUCAAAAUUAAUUUUAUUAAAAUAG